GUGAGUCAAUCUCCUAAUUUGCACCUGAGCCAAAGUCAAAAGCCAAAAGAAUUAAAAUACGUUGUGUGUAGUUAAUCGGUUGCGAUAGCGAUUGUUAACAGAAUAGUUGAAAAUUGAAGGUGUUGGCUUCUAAAAAUAUAUAAUUUUAAAUUGGCAACUGUUUUUCGCAAUAUAUAAAGUUUGCAAUCCACAUUGAAAGUUUUUACGUUGAAAUUCAACCAAUACCAAGAUGGCUUACCAACCGAUCGUCAACCCUGCAGUGCCUUACGUAGGCGAAGUUGAAGGAGGUUUAAUUUCUGGAAAAAUGGUUAGAGUUCAAGGUCAAGUGCCUGCUGAUUCUACUUUCUUUGCUAUCAAUUACCAAUUAGGCCCUAGUUUGAAUCCAAGAGAUGAUGUUGCAUUACAUAUCUCUCCAAGAUUUAAAGAAGGAAUCAUCAUUAGAAAUCACAUUCAAUCCAUGACUUGGGGUCCUGAAGAGAGUGAUGGAUCAAUGUGUCUGCAGUGUGGCACACCUUUUGAAAUUGUUAUAUUCUGUGAAUAUCAAUGCUAUAAAAUUGCAGUUAAUGGAAGACAUUUUGCUGAAUUCACUCAUAGGUUGCCUUAUAAUAAAGUCACUCAUUUGGUAAUUGAUGGUCAAGUAGAAAUAACCUCUAUAUUCUAUGAAACUGUUUCCAUUCCAAAACCUUCAGCUCCUAUACCCGAUGAUCCCAUUGAUAUUGGUCCACCAGCACCUGGUGGUUUAUAUCCUACCUUGAAUACACCAGAUAAACAGAAGUCACCAAUGAAUACAAAUGAUUCGAAACAUAAACAGUAUGAUCAUAUCUAUCAAGCCAGAUCUCCGAAAUCGGAUGAAAAAGUAUUUUCUGGUUUGGAUAAGGUAAGCUUAGCAGUUGGAGGACUUGUAGUAGCAGGAAGUGUAGCAGCUGCAGUGCAUGCAUAUAAGAAAAAUAAGAAGAAAAAUGAGUCUGAAGGUGAUUACCAAAAAGUUAAACCUCCAAAAAGUCCAAAUGGUUUAGGUGGAUUAGGAACUUUAGGAGCAGUUUUAGCUACUAGUUUAGCAUCUAAUGCCUUUCAGAGAGAUACAAAAGCACACGGACAAGACUAUUCUUCAUCAGAUGCUAAAAGUGAUAUUAUUGGUUCUUUUUUGGGAGCUUUAGGUGGAGCAGCAGGGGGAUUACAAUCUAAUUACAAACCGCAAUCUCAAACUAAUCUUCUUGGUGAAGCUCUAAGUGGGGUCCUUGGAGGUGGUGGUCGUCAUCAACAACCUCACCAUCCACCUUCAAGUACUUAUUAUGGGUAUCCUCAAGCUCAAAAUUCACAAGGGGAUAAUGGUAAUCAUUUGAGUAGUGGUUUAGGUGGGGUGUUAUUGAAAUCAGCUCUGGAUGGUCUAUCGUCUCAUGUAAGUCAAAAAAUUGAAAAAAAAUUGACUAAAGAAUUAAGUAAGAGCUUGAACAAUACAUUAAAUUUAACACCAAGAAAAGCAUAAUUGAGCAUUUGCUUAUAAUUUCACAAGACUGAUUACAGCUUUGUUAACUACAAUAUUUAGCGCUGUUCACUCACUUGAUGCUAUUGUUUGUAACUGUUUGCUUUUAUGUAAAUUAUAUUUAUAAGACUUAUUUAUUUUAUAGAUUGUUGAUAAACUUUUAUUUAUUAAUUACUUUACUUUUUUCUUUUUUAUAAGAUUUUAGAUUGAAUAAAUAAAUGAUGUAUUAACUUUCUUUUA